UCUCUCUGCGUCCUUUCCUCCCUCUCUUCUUUGCUAACUGAUUACCUUCCCUUCUCUUCCUUUGCUCUCCAUUUCUCUCCCUGCUUAAGGCCCUGUUGCGAGUAAUGACAAGCUCUGGGGGUUGCCGGAGGUCACUGGCUGUCACCAGUCCAGAACUGCCUUUCUAGAACUACUUCCCUUCCUAAUCUCAAAGUCCAGCCAGUCAGUGAGCACUUGGAGCCCAUCCUGUCACGGAUCUGCUUCCACAGGCGUUCACUGCCUACCUGAGAGAGAUGGGCCUACUGCAGAGACAAGUGCGGAGCGCAUGGUGCCUGGCAACCUCCACGCCCAGGACCCUCAAGAUGUGUCCCUCUCUGAGCCGAGGUGCUUCCCGGGCAUCUGUAACCCAGCUUGGUCUUCACACAAAACCCAGAAUGCCUCCAUGUGACUUCUCACCUGAAAGGUACCAGUCCCUGGCCUACAACCACGUGCUGGAGAUUCACAGGGAACAUCUUUCUCCUGUGGCAACAGCAUAUUUCCAGAAGCCCCUGCUGCUCCACCAAGGACACAUGGAGUGGCUGUUUGAUUCCGAGGGAAACAGAUACCUGGAUUUCUUUUCUGGGAUUGCCACUGUCAGUGUUGGUCACUGCCACCCGAAGGUAAACACAGUGGCACAAAAGCAGCUUGGAUGCCUGUGGCACACGAGUUCGGUCUUCUUCCACCCUGCAAUACACAAAUAUGCAGAGGAGCUCUCAGCCCUUCUUCCUGAGCCCCUAAAGGUCAUUUUCUUGGUGAACAGUGGUUCAGAGGCCAAUGACCUGGCAAUGCUAAUGGCCAGAGCAUACUCAAAGAACACAGACAUCAUUUCUUUCAGAGGAGCCUACCAUGGAUGCAGUCCUUACACACUUGGCUUGACAAAUGUAGGGACCUUCAAGAUGAAACUCCCCACUGGGAUGGGUUGCCAAUCAACAAUGUGCCCAGAUGUUUUCCGUGGCCCUUGGGGAGGAAGUCACUGUCGAGAUUCUCCGGUACAAACAAUUAGGAAAUGCAGCUGUGCACCAGACUGCUGCCAAGCUAAGGACCAGUAUAUUGAACAGUUCAAAGAUACUCUGAACACUUCUGUGGCCUCAUCAAUUGCUGGAUUUUUUGCAGAACCAAUUCAAGGUGUGAAUGGUGUUGUCCAGUACCCAAAGGGGUUUCUAAAGGAAGCCUUUGAGUUGGUGCGAGACAGGGGAGGCGUGUGUAUUGCAGAUGAAGUGCAGACGGGAUUUGGAAGGUUGGGCUCUCACUUCUGGGGCUUCCAAACCCAUGAAGUUCUACCUGACAUCGUCACCAUGGCUAAAGGGAUUGGUAAUGGCUUUCCUAUGGCAGCCGUUGUGACCACUCAAGAAAUUGCCAAAUCGUUGGCUAAAUGUGUGCUCCAUUUCAACACCUUUGGAGGGAACCCCAUGGCCUGUGCCAUCGGAUCCGCUGUGCUUGAGGUGAUUAAAGAAGAAAAAGCACAAGAAACCAGUCAAGAAGUUGGUACCUACAUGUUACUGAAGCUUGCUGAGCUGCGGGAUGAGUUUGACAUUGUUGGAGAUGUCCGAGGCAAAGGCCUCAUGAUCGGGAUCGAAAUGGUGCAGGAUAAGAUGAGCCGCCGGCCUCUUCCUCGUGAAGAAGUAAAUCAAAUCCAUGAGGACUGCAAAGACAUGGGGCUCUUGUUGGGCAGAGGUGGCAUUUUUUCUCAGACCUUCCGCAUUGUGCCCCCGAUGUGUGUCACUAAACCCGAAGCUGACUUUGCAGUGGAAGUAUUGCGUUCUGCCUUAAGCCAAUACUUGGAGAGAAGAGCUAAGUAAAUGUUUGGAAACAAUAAAUCACAAGUCUCAAGAAUGUCCUACUUAUGUGAAAGGAUGAAUUUGACGGAUUUCAAAACCACUGAUACUUGAGUGAAGCCUGCAGCUCUCCAGGGUAGUGGUUCAAGACACUAUUGACUGCCUUUCCACCAUGUUUUUAACAGAGCCCCUGUUCACAUGAGAACCCCUUCUGGGAAAGGAUCUUUAUCUUUCGCUUGCAGAAGAAAACCCAAUUAGUCUAGUGUAAUUAUGGCAAUCUGAUUUUUCUUUGCAUUAAUCACUGUACAAAUGUAUUUGUGGCAUUUUUUUGGUGAAUGACUCCUAAAGGAAAAAUCUUUCAAUGGAGGUCCCUUGAGGAAAAGGUUUCUUUACCUUCCACUCUGCAGGUCAGGAAGGUAUCUUCUUGUUGCACUGAAAACAUCAUAUGUCAAGAUGGGAUGCCUGGAACCACAUUAGCUCUCUGGGGAACGUGAAGAUUCAGCCUAUUUGCUGAACUCAGAAGAUGGAUCAGCCGCAGUACUUAGUGAUAUCAGCGAACCUCUGACGACCAAUUCUGGAACCACCCUGCCUCUAGGCUACUUGAGAUACGGUAAUAAAUUCAUAUUAUUGUAUUUCCCUUUUCUGAUUUAAGUUUUGCUUUAUUGUGGGCAAAAACAUCCUAUGAAAUGAUGCGUGAAAUACUUUAGGACAAUAACAACUUCCCCACCUUGACUUUCAUAAACAUCUAUCACAGCCUUCCUUUCUUCUCUCUCCCCAUUGCUGUUACCUCACCCUGACCCAAAUCCUCAGGCUCUUUCUCAAGUUCAGAACUUCCCAUACUUUAGUUAUUAUAAUAAAAAGUCAGAGAUUUUCUCCCA